AUGACAAUAGGGUCUGCAGCACUUUGGCUCAAAUUGCAAAAAGACAUCAUCAAGUUGGAACAACAACUCAAUGAUACUACUCAACAACACGAUUAUACUACUCGAAAACUCAAUGAUACUACUCAACGACUCGAUGACACCCAAAAUCAACUCAAAAAUACUACGGAGCUGCAACUAGUUGAAGGGACCAAUCAACAACUCUAUCAAAAACUUGAUGACACCAAAAAGCAAUGCCAAGAUGACAAAUAUGAUAGAUACUAUUACGGUUUCAAAAUGUGCCUGCUCAAAUCACAAGCUUUGAGUGCGCAAAUCGAAUUCAUGACAGGGGAUCAAGAGUUUGUAAAGACCAUACACACGAUGGAAAUCGAUCGAAAGAAAAACAUCAUGGAAGUUGACCGACUCAGAGAUUACAAUGAAGAUUUAAAACGUCUAGGGGAUACUAAAAACUAUGAAAAAGGAUUGUUGAAAGUGAAAGCACUCCAGACAAACAUUGGUAUAUACCUUCAAUUAAUCAAAGAUUUGGAAAUCAAAAGAAAUCAAGAACGUAUUUUAAAUGAAAAAAAGAUUGAAGAGAUAGAAAUCAAAAGAAAUCAAGAACGUAUUUUAUAUAAACAAAAAAUUGAAGAGAUAGAGCGUCAUCCACCCAGAAAACAAGACUUGGAAUCUCAAUAA